GCGGAGCCAACGGACCGGCUUCCCGUCUUCAGGUCGGUUUCCUCGCGAGAUUCUGGAAGUUAUAAAGCUACAUGGCGGCACCGCCUGAAGGGCUGGAGGAUCUUCGUGUUUCUAGCUGGCGGCGUAGUGGGAGCAUCGCUUAGUUGCGCCCUAGGUCUUGCAUUUCUCAAGCUCUUUUCAGAAUGUCCUCGGGAAAAGCAUACAUUGGGAAGCCAGCCCCAGACUUUCAGGCCACAGCUGUAAUGCCUGAUGGGCAAUUCAAAGACCUCAAGCUCUCCGACUACAGAGGCAAAUACAUUGUGUUCUUCUUCUAUCCACUUGACUUCACCUUUGUCUGUCCAACUGAGAUCAUUGCAUUCAGUGACAGGUCUGAUGAGUUCCGGAAAAUCAACUGUGAAGUGAUUGGGGCUUCUGUUGACUCUCACUUUUGUCAUCUUGCCUGGAUCAACACUCCUAAAAAACAGGGUGGUCUAGGCAGCAUGCGCAUUCCCUUGGUGUCUGACACAAACCGUGUAAUUUGUAAAGAGUAUGGAGUGCUUAAAGAAGACGAAGGAAUUGCUUACAGGGGUCUCUUUAUCAUUGAUGAUAAAGGGAUCUUACGCCAGAUCACAAUAAAUGAUCUCCCUGUUGGCCGCUCGGUUGAUGAAACACUCCGGCUAGUUCAGGCUUUUCAAUUUACAGACAAGCAUGGAGAAGUGUGUCCUGCUGGCUGGCAACCUGGGAAUGACACAAUCAAGCCUGAUGUAAAGCAGAGUAGAGAAUUCUUCUCCAAGCAGAAAUAAUGUUGUGUUGUGCUUUUGUGGACAAGGAAAUUAUUCUGCAACCAGUAUGAGAGCAAAAAAUGGACCUGUCUUCAUCAUUUUCUUAUUUAAAGAGUUAUCAUAUUGUGAACUAAGAGGCCUAUGGCUGUAAUUUACAAUCCACUUAUUCUGGAUCCAUCCAACUGAUUGUAGGGUGGACUCGGAGUAAAUGGAUUGGAACAUUUUAACUGCUGUCAAUAUUGGCCAAUUAUGUCAUACUGUUCAGAGGCAGGAUAGAGAACUUGUUCCUUGUGUGUAUGUCAGUUUACCAAGGACCAAUGGUGAUGCAUAUAGAACAGCUGUGUUUUGGUAUUUUGUAUUAAACUUGUGUGGGGAAAUGGGAAUUGGGUGUGUCUGUCAAAUUCCCCAAGUUCUCAAUAUGGUAAGGAAAUAAAACAACUUCUGAGAGAAA